UGGAAGUUUGUACAUCGUCUAAUGAUGGAAUUACUCUGCAGGAUAUUCUCAAUACAUCCAUAAUGUCUAAAUCUGCGAAGAAGGGAGAGGAAACUGUGGUGUGUGUGAACUGUGGGAGUCGGCUAAAUACUCUCUACAUACAGUACUCUCCUGGGAACAUCCGUUUGAUUAAAUGUGACAAUUGUAAGGCUGUUGCUGAUCCCUACAUUGAAUGCGAGUUCAUGAUUAUUUUGAUUGAUCUGAUUUUGCACAAGCCAAAGGCAUAUCGGCAUUUGCUAUAUAAUAUGCUGAGUUUUAAGUCAGAAGACAUCAAGGGAAUAAUUUGGAAAUCAGCUUUACUAUUUCUACUUUUAGAUGCGAUCAGAGUAUUCCUUCUGAAGAGAUAUAAUGAUGAUUAUGGGAACUCUUCCCUGUUGAUGCCAAAGUGCAGAGAGGUAUUUCUGGAUGUUUUGUUGGGAAAUAUUGUGUUUAUUGUUGUUCUGCUUCUCGGGACAAGGCUUUUUGUCAAUUGUUCCCUUACUAUAACUAGUUACUUGGAGAUCUUGCUUGCUGUAUUUGUCUCAAGCUUCUUUAAGGUGUAUCUCGUGGCAAUGAUGGUCUGGGAGUUUCCAUCUGCUGUUCUUUACAUCAUCGAAAUGUUCGUUCUAUCAUCAAAUGCGGUUGCUUUCCGGGUUUCGACACAGCAGGAGGCCAUUCGGUGCAUCGGUAUUUGCUUGAGUGCACAUGCAGCCAAAUUCCUCAGAUUAUUGGUUGCUAUCUCUAUUACCGUCUUCUUUUUCUCGGUGAUCUUGUUUACUGGUAAUUCAUGAUACGUAAACGGUUGGAAGGGGUGAUGCACACUGAUAGAGAUUACAGUUCCAAUGGCGAGGAUUGUUUGUAGUUUUGAACUUCUACAAUUUCUUCCUGCUGUGUAAUUAAAUAUAUGAUAUUUGUACGGGCAUUCGAUAAAAAGAAAGAAAAUUGUUGCACUUGUUCUCAGAAAUUAAUUGCUCUCCAGAAUUUGAAAUUGAAAAGAAUUGAUUCAUCAAUUGAACAAGAGAUUGCAAAGAUGGCAUGCUAUUCUUUAAGCCAACAUUUCUUAUUUGAUUCUCGUUACAGAUAAUUUUAUUGGAUGAACAUCUUCACAAACAAAAAGAAAACACUUCAAGCAGAACAUGGCAAGCUAAUUCGACAUUCAUCUCCUCCGAUUG